AUGGACGCUGUCAUGGUCAGACUCAAUUCAUCAGCUGGAAAAAGAGGAAAGAAAAACACCAGUGGGAGACAUCGGAGGCGUCCCCACAUUGGAGGAGCCACUCCAGAGCAGGCCAGCAGAGGCGCUCUCACACAGCUCUUCACUGGGGAUCAGAUCCAGGGGCAGGACCUGUGGGUUGUUUUCUUUUUAAGCCUGAGCCUGAGGGCGCUCACUCUUUUGCCACUCCUGCGGGACGCAGCAGUCUCUUUGGGUCCGUGGAGUUGUGCUGGUGGGGAGCCUCACACAGUGGUUGGUGGCCCUGUUGGCACGUAUGUGGGCUUGUGCGGCGUGAGCGCUGCCCUGGGAAACGCCUUCUGCUCGUUUUGUGUGGCCAGCUCCUCCAGUGUGGCAAACCUUAGUGAAGGGCCUGUGUGA